GGCUGUGCGUGCACUGCCUGCAGGCCGUGCUGCCCCGCAAGCCCCCGCCCCGCAUGGAGGCCCGCACGCACCUCCAGCUCGGCUCCGUCCUCUACCACCACACCCGCAACGGCGACCAGGCCCGCGGGCACCUGGAGAAGGCGUGGCUGAUAUCCCAGCAGAUCCCCCAGUUUGAAGAUGUGAAGUUCGAGGCAGCCAGUUUGCUGUCAGAGCUCUACUGCCAGGAGAAUUCCGUGGACACGGCCAAGCCCCUGCUGCGCAAAGCCAUCCAGAUCUCCCAGCAGACUCCCUACUGGCACUGCAGGCUGCUCUUCCAGCUGGCUCAACUGCACACCCUGGAAAAGGAUUUGGUGUCAGCCUGUGACCUGCUGGGAGUGGGGGCCGAGUACGCCCGCGUGGUGGGCUCCGAGUACACCAGAGCUCUCUUCCUGCUCAGCAAGGGGAUGCUGCUGCUGAUGGAGAGGAAACUGCAGGAGGUUCAUCCUCUGCUGACUCUGUGUGGGCAGAUUGUGGAGAACUGGCAGGGAAAUCCCAUCCAGAAGGAAUCGCUCAGGGUCUUCUUCCUGGUCCUGCAGGUCACACAUUACCUGGAUGCUGGCCAGGUGAAGAGCGUGAAGCCGUGCCUGAAGCAGCUGCAGCAGUGCAUCCAAACCAUCUCCACCCUGCACGACGACGAGAUCCUGCCCAGCAACCCCGCAGACCUCUUCCACUGGCUGCCCAAGGAGCACAUGUGUGUGCUGGUCUACCUGGUGACAGUGAUGCAUUCCAUGCAGGCAGGAUACCUGGAGAAGGCUCAGAAAUACACAGACAAAGCCCUCAUGCAGCUGGAGAAGCUCAAAAUGCUGGACUGCAGCCCCAUCCUGUCCUCAUUCCAAGUGAUUUUGUUGGAACACAUCAUCAUGUGCAGGCUGGUGACAGGACACAAAGCCACGGCCCUGCAGGAGAUUUCCCAGGUCUGCCAGCUGUGCCAGCAGUCUCCCAGGCUCUUUUCCAACCACGCUGCCCAGCUGCACACGCUCCUGGGCCUGUAUUGCAUCUCUGUCAACUGCAUGGACAAUGCAGAAGCACAAUUCACUACAGCACUGAGGCUCACAACCCACCAGGAGCUGUGGGCAUUUAUUGUCACCAACCUGGCCAGUGUCUACAUCCGGGAAGGGAAUCGGCACCAGGAGCUCUACAGUUUAUUGGAAAGGAUAAAUCCCGACCACAACUUCCCAGUGAGUUCCCACUGUCUCCGGGCUGCAGCGUUUUACAUCCGAGGGCUCUUCUCCUUUUUCCAGGGAAGAUACAACGAGGCCAAGCGUUUUUUGCGGGAGACGCUGAAGAUGUCGAACGCCGAGGACCUGAACCGCCUGACCGCCUGCUCCCUGGUGCUGCUGGGCCACAUCUUCUACGUGCUGGGCAACCACAGGGAAAGCAAUAACAUGGUGGUGCCAGCCAUGCAGCUGGCCAGCAAGAUCCCCGACAUGUCUGUGCAGCUCUGGUCCUCUGCCCUGCUCCGGGACCUGAACAAGGCGUGUGGCAAUGCCAUGGACGCCCACGAGGCGGCGCAGAUGCACCAGAACUUCUCGCAGCAGCUGCUGCAGGAUCACAUCGAGGCCUGCAGCCUCCCCGAGCACAACCUGAUCACGGUGAGAGCCGGCGGGGGGAUCACGGAANAAAUAUGGAGAUUAUCCUGA